AUGUCGUCCCCGUCGCAGGCGACGCCCGUUCUUUUGGAGGACCCUCAGGCUUUGCAAGCCGAGAUCACUCUCUUCGACGCAUUUUCCAUCAUUGGACUGCUGUCUUUGACGUUUGUCGUCCUUGUCGCUCAUUACUCUCCGAACGUCCACCGGACCCCUCUCUGGUUCCGGCACCUAGUUUCUUGGAUCGUGUACACGGCUUCGUUCACACUCCUCGUGGGUCACCAGUUCGGGGGACCCCCUCCUCUCGGGCUCUGUGCUGUUCAAGCUGCGCUGAUACACGCCGUUCCCGUUUUGUGGCCCGACUUUGAGUGCCUUAUCACCCAGCUUUACAUCGGUUUGUCUGCAAUCGUCCAAAAGAAGAGGAAGAUACACCCCAACUUGACGGCAUUCGUGAGCACGCCAUCCCUGCUGGCCAACCAUGCGAAUGCGACUGAAGUGCCCUCCAAGCUGCUCAGAGUGCCGCAGCUCGUGUUUGUGGUGCUCUUUAUCAUGUUCCUGGGAACGAUCCAGUCCGCCGGAGAGAUCCAGCGUGACGACACGCAACUGUAUUGCCAUCUGGCGACACCCUCUCCCGCCCGAAUCAGUGCUUUGAUUGUAAUUGCCACCGGGGCGAUCAUUGUCCCACUGGAAAUCUGGAUUGUCGUCGUGCUUUGUCGCAACUGGGCCGUGUUUCGGGGCUCCGCUCACCGCAAAGACCCCACGGUCUCCCUGUCGAUACUCAUCCGCAUGAAUCUCUUCACUGUGCUCUCCAUGACGGGCGUCGGGUUGAGCUCUUUCAGUCUCCUCAAGUCUCACACCCCAUUUUGGAGCCUAACCCUUACGAUUGUUCCAAUCCUCGCUGCUAUUAUCUUUGGGACGCAAGCGGACCUGCUCAGCGCAUAUGUCUUUUGGAGAGAACCGGAAACAGCCCCCGCUGAGACUGUGCACCUGCCCGCUUCUGAUCCCGAAGCCAUUCAGAGCAAAAUCUAGGACGAUGUAAGGAGAGUUGGAUGACUGUAUGUACUAGUAGUACUACUUGGGCGUUAUAGUCACCUAAGCGCUAUGCGAU